AUGGCACACAAAUUUGUUGGUGAUGGAUCUAUAAGUGAUUGGUACAUGGGAUUAAAUAUCUUAUUGGAGAUGUUACCGGUGUGUGUAGCAGAAUCCAUUCUUUUUUCUGGAAAAGCAAUUAGGGUUCUUAGAAAUCCAAGUUCUUCAUUCCGAUAUGUGGAUGUGUUGUCUCAUCAGACAACAGACCCACAAACAUUUAAAAAAUCUUUAAAGAAGGAACACUCUUUGAAUACAACAUUAGGAGAUGAACUACUGCCACAAUCAGAGGCUGGUAAGAUUGAUUCAAUGUUCAAAAAUCUACAUGAGUCAUCUGAGUUCCACAAAAGAUCAUUUGAAGAGGCCAUUGGUUCAAUCAGAGCUAGUGCAGCCAGUUAUCUUUGGCAGGUGGACAUGUGGCAUGUUUUUAUUUGUCUUUACAUCAGUCAGUAA